GUCAAAACUGGUGAAGUAGAAACAUAAAAACUGCAAACAGAGUCCCCUUUCAGUUUCAGCAGAUCCUACUAAUUUAAGCUUAUUAUCGUUCAACCUUUAGUCCAUUAGUCAAAUCUUUUGCUGACAUUAAUGAAGAGUUACAUAAAUUUUGGUGGGCAUUUACUAUAUAGAAAUCCAAUCACCACCAGACCUCCAUUGCUAUCUCCUCCCUCACCUCCCCUGUUCACCAGAUCCACAUUGAACACGGACUCUGCAAAUGGCUCCACAAUGCUCACGCUUCAGAGAAAGAUACCCAUUACAGAAAGAGAUAAAUUGAGAGAUCUUCAAAAGAUUCCAUUUUUUCCAUGUCUCCAUCCCCAAAUUACGAAUUUUGGGAAUGGUGGAACAAGAAGAAGAAGGAGCGGGACCAUGCACUGUCCUUAAAUAAAUCUGAAAACCGUAACUGAUUGAGAUCCAUAGCCCUCAAACGACGGUGAAGAAAGACCGUAGCAGAAGCGCUCUUCAGCUCUCGUGGGUUUGUCUCCUCAAAAUCCAACAAGUCAAGAAUUCCCUCCCUUCACCAAUGGGUUCUUCUCUAUCCUUCAAACUCCCAAUCGCAGACUCGUUUCUGAUUCUAUUCCAUCUUCGCGUAAUGGGUCUCGGCUUUAUAGGGUUAUUAGGGUCUUCCUGGUUUUCAUCAUUCUAUUACUGCUCGUUGAGCUUUUGGCUUACUUCAAGGGAUGGCAUUUCAGUCCACCCUCAAUGGCUUCGGAUAAUGUUCUGGGCUUCGUGGAGAUUGUUUACGCAACUUGGCUCUCUAUAAGGGCGAAUUAUCUGGCACCACCAUUGCAGGCUCUGUCAAAUGUUUGUACUGUUUUGUUCUUGGUUCAGUCGGUGGAUCGGAUCAUUUUGGUAUUAGGGUGUUUCUGGAUCAAGUUUCGCAGGUUGAAGCCUGUUCCAUUGAUGGAAUUCUCUGCUGGUGAUAUCGAGAAUGAGAAUGCCGAGGAUUAUCCUAUGGUGCUUAUACAGACACCAAUGUGCAACGAGAGGGAGGUAAGAAGAUGUAGAUGGUAUCGAACGUUUCGAUAUGGCCGUAAGAACCCCGCUUGGUUAGCAUACCCAGCAUUAACGGGAUAA